AUGUCUUCGGAGCUCCGGUUGGUGAACGAAGAAGGCCUGGAUUUUGGAGAGGCUGGCGGACAGUGCAUUGCAGUCCCGCGUGAACACUUCUGGCACGAUGGACUUAACGAGAGACAUCCGCACCUAUUUGAAGAUCCUGCGAGGGUUUCUCGAGAGAUUGCGUUGCAAGUUACACGUGGACUACAUUUUUUGCAUAAGAACGGAAUCUGUCAUGGUGAUUUCCGCCCAUCUAGCAUCCUCUUGAGACUCACGGGUUUUGACGAACUAACUGAAGAUGAAUUGAUAAAGCAGCUCGGAGAGCCAAACAAAGAGCCUCUUCGUGCCAUAUCUGGAGAGAGCCCAGAACCUUCAGGACCUGAAUAUUUAGUCGAAGGCCUCAGCCUAGACCGACUGGAUGCUCGAUUUAUAUCAGAUCAAGUUUCUAUCAAUGACUUCGGCGAAUCCUAUGAUAUGCAUAGUCCACCUAAAGAUCUCGGAAUCACAGCCCCCUUUCGCUCCCCUUUGCUCCUCUUCGACAAUACUAUCGGCGUUGGAUGUGACUUGUGGGCUCUUGCGUGCACAAUUUUCGACGUUCGGAUCAGGAGUCCCCUCUUUCAGAAUUUCAUGGAUGACGACGACGAGGUAAUUAUGCAAAUGGGGCCGAUGCUUGGGAAGCUCCCGGAACCUUGGUGGAGCUCUUGGGAAGCACGGGGGCGGUGGUACGAGGAGGAUGGAAUGCCGCUGCUUAAUCCUGAUACUGGGAAACCGUACAUGAUGAUAGAUACUCUUGAGGGGCUCCUCUCCGGCAGGUCACCGUCCGGUGACGACCUUGAGGGAAAGAAGAAUGAGGCAGGUGGUUUCAUUGUUCCGAUUAAAGAAGGUAAAGUUUUAGGGAAUCUUUUGAGGGGUAUUUUGAAGUAUGAUCCGAAGGAACGACUGACUGUCGAGGCUGUGUUGGAGCAUUCUUGGUUCAAGAGAUAG